CGGGGGUAGAACGCGGAAAAGGGAAAAUGCUCCACAAGCCAUGAUGGCCCCCGUUAUCAUGGGACAAGAGGAUAAAUAGCUUGAGGACCCCGCCAUGAUGAAUGAGCUUGACACAGUAGAAUCCUACAAAGUACAGUAUAGCAGUCGACAAAUAGCUGUUCAUGUGGAAUUGGCCUCUUGUUGCACGAAGAACUUUGUCCUCAUCUUUAUUCAAGUCGUUUUCAAGACACUCACAUUCAUCCGCCAUGUCAAAGGUUGCCCCUGUAAUUGCGCUAUCCCAUGGCGGUGGUAAGUCAACACCAUAUGAUCUGCCUCGAUUACCGAUAUAGCUGACACGAUUAGGCCCGAUGCCUGUUCUCGGUGACCCUAAACAUGAAAGCAUUGUCUACUCCCUAAAGAACCGCGUCCCCAAGAUCCUCAAGCUUGGCACUCCAGAUCAACCCCGAGCCAUCAUCCUCGUCACUGCUCACUGGUCGACGGCAAAGCCCACCAUCUCAUCAGGCGCAUCUCAUAAGUUACUCUACGACUACUACGGGUUCCCUCGUGAAUCAUACUCUCUCAAGUACCCAGCGCCAGGACACCCAGAGAUCGCAAACGAGAUCGCCGAUGCUCUACGCGGAGAAGGUCUUACACCUGAGUUGGAUGACGAGCGAGGAUGGGACCACGGAGUUUUUAUUCCGCUCCUGCUCGUCCAUCCCAAAGCCGACAUCCCCGUAGUCCAGGUCUCAGUCUUGAGUCAGAGGAUCCCGAGGAACAUCUCCGCAUGGGCGCAGCACUGCGAAAACUGCGAGCCAAUAACAUCGCCGUCGUUGGUUCAGGAUUUGCAAGCUUUCAUAACAUUCGCGCCAUGAUGAUGCUGGGUAGCUCGGGGCCUGAACAGCAACGUCAAUUCCGAACUUUGUCUGAUGAAUGGAACAACACAUUGACUGAGGCGACACUCAAGAAGGACACAAAUGAGCGGUGGAAGGCUCUCAAGGGUUGGAGGAAAUUUCCAUAUGCUGAUAUGAUGCACCCGCCUAAUGGAGGAGAGCACUUUAUGCCAUUGCUUGUGUGCGCGGGAGCAGCAAGGGAGGGAGAAGAGACGAGGAAGUACAACGAUGAGUAUGUUGGAGUUGAGAUCAGUACAUUUUACUGGGGAGCGGAGGAAGAGAGCAAACUGUAGAUAUUUACGAAUUUAGCAUUGUUGAAUAGAGUAUCAUG